AUGGCGCGUAUAAAGAAAAGGAACCUUAUAAGCUUGCUUACUGUCUUAUUUAUCGUGCUUGCUGCACUUGUUCCUAAAGUCAAAGCUUGGACAGAAACCGAUUUCGAGAUCUUUGACCUUGUAGAUGCUUUAGAAAAAGCAGAAGGCAAAGACACAAACUUUUAUAACUGGUUGGGCGUCUCUCCUUCUGCUACUCAAGGAGAGAUUUCAAAAGCGUAUCGUAAACUAUCACUCAAAUGGCACCCUGAUAAAAACAAGAAUGACCCCAAGGCAAAAGAGCGUUUUGCUAGAUUAGGUGUGAUUGCCAGUAUUCUUCGUGAUCCAACCAAAAGAGAAAGGUACAACUUUUUCUACAAGAAUGGAGUGCCUCGUUGGCGAGGCACAGGGUAUUUAUACAGCCGAUUCCGACCGGGAUUAGGCACGGUGAUCAUUUUACUCUGUUUGAUUGCUUCUGUUAUGCAAUAUAUAGCCGGACAAGUCAAUUACCGACAAGAAGUACGCAGAAUUAUCCGUUUUGUAGAAGAUGCCAGAGCUCAGAUGAUGGCAAAUGCGCCCAAAGGUCGUGCGCCUUCGUUAGGCAAAAGUUUCAUUGAAGUAGGACAACGAGUCAUGCGAUGCGAGGUGAAGGGAGAUCACUAUCUGAUUGUUUAUCCCAAUGAAAACAGCCAGGAGCCAAUCCAUCUAAACGUGGAAUGGGUGAAGAAGCCAACGAUUCAAGACAUAUUUAUUAUCAGUUUGCCAAAGAGAUUAUUUUAUAAGCUAUUAGGUAAAAAAGAUACAAUUGAGCAAGAUAAAAAGGAGACAAAAGAAGAAAUAGAAGAAUCAGUGCCAAAAAAGAAAGCAGCACCUGUACGUAAAAGAGGUGCACCAAAAGUGAACAAAUAUAAAUAA